AUGCCUGAUGUACAUGUUGAUAUGGAAAUAAUAUUUAAUAAAUUUGUACCGAAAGAUAAUUCUUAUGAACGUUCAAAUGAAGGUAAAGAUGAUAUACCAACAGAUGCAAAAUGUUCAUUAUUCGGUUCAUUAAUUACUAGGCUUAUUACAUCAAGACGUUUGAUUAUUGGUACUUGGGAAAUUAAAAGUGCUUGUUGUACAACAAUAAAUAAAUUUAACUGUACUCCAUUGGAUGAAGGUAAAAGUGAUAAAAUAAGGCAGAUGAUCCGUCGUCGUAUGAAUAAAACUCGUUUUGUUAGUGAAUCCAUCGAAUGGAUUCUGCAGACAGAUCAGGCAGAUUUUAAAGCAUAUCAAUAUUCGACAAAAUUGGAAACAUAUGGACAAGAUCCACAAUUUUAUGAAUUGAUUGACUAUAUAAAAAGAAACUAUCUUGAAAAAGAUUUACAACGUAUUGAAGAUAUUGACACAGUUGUAAAAUAUUUUAAUCUCACAAUCAACACAAGAGAUCCCUUUUAUUUAUUACAAGCCUAUACAGCUGAAACUGGUUUCUAUUCUACGCUUAAUGUUCAUCUAACUCAAUUACAUCUAGAAAAUUUAACUGAUAAGGAAAAUCUUAGUAAAAUAUAUUAUCUUGAAAUAAUUGCUCGUCAUCCGAAAUCCGAAACAUUGUCGUAUACAGGGAAAGCAUAUCGUGGUAUGAUGAUCACUAAUAAUGAUUUAAAACAAUACAAGAUAGGUACACGAAUAUUAACUAAAACAUUUUCAUCUUCUUAA